UUGACAGUCUAUUUAUAGCAUUGUUUAGGCUACUUCCGCCAUAGAGCACAAAUUGUAUUUUUGUGAUUUCUUCUAUAGUCUUAAGCAAGGCUGUAGGCUAAUAUGCAUGUAAACCGAGUUUGGUGAACAUUAGGCUAUAGGCAGCCCUAACAGUAACAGGCUAUAGCUUUUCAACUUUUUACAUUACAGCUGUCACAGCUCAGUCAGAGUUGAAAAAUAGGAGUAUGGGCAGACCGCACAAUUAUGCACGAGGCGGCAUCCCAGGGUCGUGUGUUGCAACUGAAACAGCUGAUCGACAGUGGAAGCAAUAUCAAUAUCUUGACCGUGGAUAACAUCACACCGCUUCACGAUGCGUGCAUGCACGGGAAUGCGCAGUGCGUGCGUCUACUGCUACAGGCUGGCGCAGAGGUUGAAAUAAGGAACAUCCAUGGUAGCACGGCCCUGUGUCAUGCAUGUGCAGGAGGCAAUGUGGAGUGUGUAAGGUUGAUGCUGGAGUAUGGAGCUAAAGUCAACCCAACUCUCACCGCCCUCACUGCCACACCUCUACACGAGGCCUGCUGUAGAGGAAACGUUGAGUGUGUGAAGUUGCUCAUCUCCAAAGGAGCCCGGCUGGAGACCUAUGACGUCCACUUUGGCACACCACUCCAUUUAGCCUGUGCCAAGGGACACACACUGUGUGCGCGUGAACUGCUCAAUGCAGGAGCUAAAGUGAAUGCCAGGAGCUUCCACAAUACAGCGUUGCACCACGCUGCUGACUCUGGAUCGGUGGACCUCAUCGAGUUGCUGGUUGAGUUUGGGGGCAACAUAAACGCCAGUGACAACCUGAACAAGAAACCCCUGGACUACACUUCACCAGAGUCCCCAGCCCGCCUGACUCUGCUCCACUUCCAGAACUGCCCUCUAUCUCUGCAGCAGAUAUGUAGGAUCCAUGUGAGGAGUAUUUUGGCCACCGGAGCCCUGAUAGUCUUGCCCCAGCUCAACUUGAGUCCACGCAUUUUGAAAUAUCUCUGCUAUGAAUGACUGCCACACAAGCAGCAUUUCAUCUAAAGAAGAUAUUACACACACACACACACACACACAGGAGCAGAAAUGCACAGGUGUAUUUUUGUAAAUGUAAAUAAAUAAAUGUUCUGUUGUA